AUGGAUACAACACCAAGAGUCAACAGAGGUCUUCGAUACCUCUCCCACGACCAGUACAAAGACACAGAGCCCGAGUUGGUAGCAGCCAACAUUACCAAGUUCCGACUUCUACAAUCUUUCGACUUGAGUCUGGUUCAUCUCCCUCUACAGCCUAGUCGCCCUCACGAUGUUGCCGUUCGCGUACCUCAAGAUCCAUCACAACCUGAGCGUCUUAUAUGGUUCGACUUUAUGGUCUUGCUAGAGGAUAGAGCUGGAUCUGCUAGCCGUCCUGGUACUCUUACGAUGGAAACUCGUGCCAAUGGAUCACCGCCAGCCUUCUACGUCGUCAUCUUCCCUAACUCACCGGGCUAUAUGGCUCUCGUACCUCAUGCCGUAGCCUGGCAGGACAGAGAAGGCGCUGGCUUCGACAUCAUAGGCACUGGCAUAACAGGUUCUUUCUUCCCAUACCUCAUGCCAGAACGCCUUAUCCCUAUGGCACUCAAGAGCAUCUCGAUGAUCCCUUGGGGACGUCUAUAUACCAAUCCUGGAACUGGAGUGGUGUUGAAACGUUGGCUUCCGACAAUGACAGAGUCGCGGAGAGAUACGCCAACUGCUCCUCUGCUCCUAGAGCCUUGGUCAUCGACACCACGUCCUUCGAAUGCUGCUGGCAAGAAACGUCGUCAUGAUUCUGUUCCGGAAGAGGAUUUCGUGAGACAGGCUCCGGCGUUGAGGGAAAGAGCGACUCGGGCUGUGAUGCCUUCCUUGGGCAUUCCUGACUUUGAGUUCGACAACGGUCUGACAGAGCACGAUUUAUUCGGCUUGGACUGGUUGUCGGCGGAAUCAUCGGCGUUCCCGGUCCCACAAGAUGUUGCUUGUGAUGUUGGUGUUCCAGGAGGACAACAAUCGCUCGAGUAUAUACAACCAGCCUCGACUCAAUGCAGUGUCCCUGCUAAGGUCGAUAGUGAAGUUGCCAAAGACGUGCUGGACUAUACCAAUUUCGAUUUGCCGGAGAUGUGGGGACUUGGAUUUGAGGGCAGUGUGAACUCAGCUCAGCAGAAUGUUGUUCCGGCUUUUGAGUUUACCAUGCCUGAGGACUCGGGCUGGCUUCUGUCGACUACGCACGCUGGGCCUGUGACUGCUUCAGUUACUGCACAAGUGCAAGGCCAGGUCACGACGGCUGCUAGUCUUAGAGCAAUUGCACCUGCUCCUUUGGCUAUUGAGGCAGGUCCUAGUCAUACUUCGCCGGUCGUAGCAUCUGCUGGUCCUUCUUCUUACGCUCAAGGCUCAUCUACGGCUAUGGUACCGUUGUCGUACUCAGACGUGGAUGACGAAGAGGAAGAGGAAGCAGACUACGAGGUCGAGGUCGAGGUCGAGGUCGAAUCCGAGCACGAAGCCGACCUCGAGAGCGUACAAGAACCGGAAAUGGAUCCUCCUCCACGCCGGCUGAUCGAACUGCACCCUAAUCAUCCCUGGUGCAACCAUAUAUACCUGCCUCCCUCUCCCCAGGACGUUCUCACCCAGCUCCUAGCCCCGGAUACCAUCUGUCUCCCCGUCAUCACCAAUUCUAGCCAUACGGUUGACGGAGAUUCCAUGCCCGUACCUCAACUAGCCUCCGCCCACCGCUGCCUACACCUGUUAACCCACCCCUACGACCGCAACACCUUCUACCUCAUCCCCAGCCGCUGGAUCGACUGCUUCAACCUACGUCUAGAGCAAAUGGUCAAUGGCGUCCAAGGCGACAACAAGAAGUCAGCGCUACGUGGUGGCAACAAAGUGCUUACGCAGAACCCUACCGUCAAGUAUGUCUUAAAGGCUUACGGUAUCAAGGGUACUAUCGGGCCGGUAGAGUUGAGCUGGGGCUUAUACCAGAAAUGGUUGUUGGAGUUUACGAGGGAGACGCCUAUAGGUAUGACGAGGGAGGAGGAUAUGGAGGCGUGCUGUUCGGUUAGAGAGGUCUUACAGGCGCAGGUUGAUUGGUCUACGGAGGUAUUGGGAGGUAUAUUGAUGUAA